GCUUCCCUCUGCCCUCAGUGCCGCUAUCCUCACCGUGCUCCCCUCUGCCCUCAGUGCCGCUAUCCUCACCGUGCCCGCCUUUUCCCCCGGUGCCACCAUGCCGGGCCCACCCUGCGGGUCCCUGCUCGACUACAAGACUGCCAAGUUCUCUGUGACGCGGAACCGGCGGGUGGGGCUGUUGCACCGGCUGCUGCAGCUGAGCGCGCUCGGCUAUCUGCUGGGGUGGGUGCUGCUGCUGCGGAAGGGGUACCAGGAGCGCGAUACAGCCCCGCGUGUCGCCGUGGUCACCAAGGUGAAGGGGGCGGCCGUCGCCGAGGCCGCGGGCCGGCGGCUCUGGGACGCUGCGGAUCUCACCUGGCCCCCGCAGGGAGAAAAUGUGCUUUUCCUGGUGACCCAUUUCAUCGCCACAGUCCAGCAAGCCCAAGGCACCUGCCCUGAGAGUCCCUCUGUCCUCGACGGGAUGUGCAAAGAAGAUGCAGAUUGUCCCAUGGGAAACCCUGUGGUUCAUGGCAAUGGGAUAAAAACUGGGAAAUGUUUGAUGUUCAAUGCCACCCAUUCCACCUGUGAGAUCUAUGGCUGGUGUCCUGUGGAGAAUAGCACCCUGCCCAGGAAACCUCUUCUGGCUGAGGCAGAGAAUUUCACUCUUUUUAUAAAAAAUACUGUCCACUUCACCAAAUUUAACUUCUCCAAGUGCAACACUUUACAAACCAGUGACCCCAGCUAUUUCAAGAGCUGCACAUAUGAUCCAGUCUUCAACCCCUCCUGCCCUGUGUUCCGUGUCCGUGACAUGGUGGAGGCAGCUGGACAGAACUUUGCAGACCUCAUGCUGCUGGGGGGAAGCAUCAGAGUUCUUAUUGAGUGGAACUGCGACCUGGACCACCCUGCUACCCAGUGCCAACCACAGUAUUCCUUCAGCCUGCAGGACAUGAGGUACAAUUUCAGAACAGCCUCCUACUACUGGGGCUCGCAGCGGCAGCUCUACCGGAACCUGCUGAAGCUCUACGGGAUCCGCUUUGACCUCUCUGUGCACGGCCAGGCUGGGAAGUUCAGCAUUAUUCCUACUGCUGUGAGCUGUUGCACCAGCAUUGCCUUCUUUGGUGCUGCUACAAUGGUCUGUGACCUGGUUCUGCUCUACCUUGAUGCAAAGGCUGACCUUUAUUGGAAGGAGAAGUUUGAAGAGGUAAGGAGAGGGCCACAUGGGAGAGAGGAGGUUUUGAAGUGACUAAUUUUGGAUUUAAUAGUUUUCUGCCAUUUGGUUAAAACCCAGUUCCCAAGAUCAGGGGAAAACCUGGUGGAGCAGCUCUUAGUUUUCAACUUUUGGACUUGGUUGCUAGUCUGAACUGGGAGAGGGAUCCAGCUGGUGCUGGGAGUCAGGGAAAGUUGCACCAUGACCUCAGCUACUGUCACCAUGGAGACCUUACCUGGAAAACUGACCCAGCUCUGUGCUUUUCACCCUCUUCCAAAGGGGAUCCUAGGGGACUCCAUGCAGAGAGGUGCCAGCUCCUCAGGGCACAUCCUGAUCUGUGGUUCAUUGACAGGUUCAUGUGCUAAGCAUGAUUACAUUGUGGGAAUUCACUGCCCUGGUGAAUCAGGGAGUCACAGGGAGGCUCCUACAGACCAGAAGAGCUGGCAACCCUGCCUCAGGUCAUUUCCAGCUUUGUCUGGCCAAGUCUUUGGAGCCUCUGAGGGCUGAGAUCCCCCAUCUCCUGGUGAACUGUCCCAAAGCUGCUCCAUCCAAUGAGGGGGGAAACUUUCCUAAUGCCUGAUCUCGAAUCCAGAGUGGGGUGGGCAGUGAAUGUGGUUGCAUGGAACCAAGCAGAGUAGCCAAGGGCCAUCUGGGCUGCCUCCAUGCCUGUUGUAUACUGAUGUCCCUGUUCAUUUUGCAGGCAAGACCCCCUAAAGGUAAGCCUAAGGCCACAGCUUAGGGACAUUGGGAACGCUCCACCACAAACGCCCUUCCCUGCAGAGCCACCUGCAGGGGGAUACAAUGGGGACACGGCUGCAGCCCUGGUGGAGGAGGGCCCUGCUGGCCCAGGUGGGCACUGCUGGGGUUGGGGUCUGCCUUCCCUGCAGAAGCACUGGCAGCAGCAGCAGCAGCAGUUGUUGGCUCCUGGGGCACCAAGCCAUGCCGGGGCAGCUCCCAGCACUGACAGCCGGUGCUGGAGCAGAGCUGCCCACAGAGCUCCCCCAGAGGGGACUGGGGAGCAGCUGCUUAAAGCAUUUUGCAUUUCUCCAUGUUCCAGUGAUCAUGGGCCUUGAUUUCCCUUGAAAAACAGGGAUGCAAUGGAAUAAAGCUGUUCUUGAAGUGGGAAGAAGUUUUGCUCUGUCUCUAGCCCUGGAGGGACUGUAAAGUUGUGGAGUGUGCUCCUGCACCUCGUGGCACCCUUCCAGCUGGGACAGCUUCGUGUAGGCCACCGGGAUCCUCAGAAGCUCCCUGGGAAGCUCAGGGAGGGUUUAGGAGGCACGUUUUAAGUUCCAGCCCUGGGCUGGUACUUCCUAAGGGUGUGCAGUGGCUCCUGCACCCUGAUUGCUGCCUCCUGUCAGGGCUGAUGCUCAGCAAGGACAGGCACAGCCCUGGGGUGAGCCAGAACAUUUCAGAGGUGCUGACCCCUCC